AUGGCUGAUUCUGGUGGGAGCAGGAUACAUUUUAUCAGAUUGGAUUCAGAGAACGACCACAUAUACCACUCAGAGCUUUUCACAUUGACGAAACGGAUGACCAGAGGAGAACCACAGAAGCUUUCCUUUACUUUGCCAAUUUUCGAACCACAUCCUCCUCAGUACUACAUUCGUGCUGUUUCUGAUUUUUGGUUGCAUGCGGAGGCUUUAUACACUGUAUCUUUCCAGAAUCUGGCACUUCCAGAGACUUUUCACGUGCUGUAUCACACUGACAACAAUGUUCUGUUGGGAGCUCCAACUGGCAGUGGAAAAACUAUAUCUGCUGAGCUCGCUAUGCUUCAUCUAUUCAACACUCAGCCUGAUAUGAAGGUUAUUUACAUAGCACCUUUAAAGGCUAUUGUUCGUGAAAGGAUGAAUGAUUGGAGAAAGCGACUUGUGUCUGAACUUGGAAAAGAAAUGGUUGAAAUGACAGGGGAUUAUACACCAGACUUGAUGGCUCUCUUGUCAGCAGAUAUCAUAAUUUCUACUCCUGAAAAGUGGGACGGUAUCAGUCGUAACUGGCAUAGUCGUAGCUAUGUCACUAAGGUGGGACUUAUAAUCUUGGACGAGAUUCAUUUACUUGGAGCAGAUCGUGGACCUAUACUUGAG